UUGCAUCGUGAGAACAACACAUCAUUGAGUAACGAUAGAAAAUCAAGUAUGAAAAGGGAAACAAACAGUUCAACACGACAAUAGACAUAAAACGAUCAUGGGGAAAGACUACACUGAGUUCGAGCACAGCGACAAUGACAAYGAGGUGAGCGAUGUUAUUUGCAUCGAUGCAUGAAAAAUUCAAUCUUGGGAUUCCGGCAAGCACGUGUUCAGCGUCAAUUGUGCACGCUGGAACAACGCCUCCUUUCAAUGCACAAACGACAAAAAUCAUAGAGCAAUUACAAAUAUCUAUUCUAAAGUAACAGAAUAGAAAUAAUAACAUGGCGGUUGUUGCGUGAGCUCGAGCAUGUUCACCAUGUUCAUUCUCUUCAAGGUACCUCGGCUCGGCGCGACACACUUCAGCGACUAAUCUCUCCAAGUUGUCUACAUCUUAGAUCCGGGUUUCUUUUCURUUUUUUGUCCUUAAUUUUUCCUGACUUAUUAAAUAAGCCUUGAAAACAGAACUCAUCGAAUCAUUUUUUCUUCUUCUACGAUUCAAAAUUUUCCAUUCUAGGAUGACGACGAUGAUGACAUCGGAGCUCUUGGCUCUAUUCUUUCAUGGGAUGAAGAUGAGGAUGGAGUUGUAGGCGCACCUGUCGGAGUGAAUGGUUCUCUACCAAAUUCAGCAUUGCCAGAUCUCGUAAGCUUUAAUCACCUGAACAAGGAUAAGGAUGGUGGCUUGUCUUACCUGCAACAACCGCUCGUAGGUAGUAUUGGAGCACAAGAUACAUCAACCACGAAUAUUCCCUUACCAACACGGAUAAAUUAUCAAACAGGUGGGAGUCAUAAUCCAGCACCAACUCCAGCUCCAGUGCAAGAAGAGCAAGUGAAGCCGAAAGGAGCUGCGGGAGAAAAUGCCUCUACCCAGCAGCAGCAGGCACAACUUCAACAGCAACAGCAGCAAAUUCGGUUGCAACAACAGCAGAUACAGCAGCAGCAGCAACAAAUUCAACAACACCAACUGCAGCAGCAACUAGGAAUYCAACAACAGCAACAACGCAUGCAGCACCAGAUGGUGACGACGGCUCCUGCAGCAGCUCAGGCAACGCAGCAGGCUCUUGGAGCGCAGACACCUAGUCAACCUCAGCAAUCGCAAGUUGUAACACAUCCAGCCCAAGUCCAACAAGUUGCGCCGCAACCUGCUUCUCAUACGACAAAUCUUCAGGGAGGCACAGUGUUAUCUUUAUUGCAGCAGAAUGCACUUUUAGCACAAGCGCAACAAAAUGGUUUGGUGAUGCAAGGUGUAUCUCAACAAGCCAGUCAAGAAAAACCUGCUGAUCAGCAGCAACAAGCGGCACCUCAAUUUGGUAUCGAUCCAAAUAUAUUGCGCCGCAUUCAGGUAGCACAGCUUCAGCAGCAAUUCAAUGCUGUUCAGCAAGCUCAAGCUGUGCAGGCACAAGCCCAAGCAGCAUUGCAGCAGCAGCAACAGCAACGAAUACAGUAUCCAGGGCAAGUGCAAAUGAUCCCUUCGCCUGUGACAUCAAUUCCUAUUGUUGCCACAACAACAGCGGUUCAGCCUGUAAUUUCUACCACAAAGAAGCAUGGCAGAGCCUCGUCACAGAAACCACCACCUCAGACACAGACAAAAGAAAAAACUCGCAAAACU